CACAGAUGCAGAGACACGCAGGGUAUCGAAACUGAUUUCAGAUCGGUUCGUGUUUCACAGAGAGGGGUCUGGGGUCUCUGCUUGAGCAGCUCUGGGAACAGAUAUAAACGCUGCGCGUGCACGCGUUUACAGAUGCGGACUAUUGUAACAUCAUUACAGAAACUAACGUUAACCUCAUGGGGGAAUCUGAGACGAGGAAGUUCGUAAGAUGGAAAGAGACGAGCAGAAUAACUCGGACCGCAGAGGACAUCAUUACAGCCUCUGAUGAGAAUCAGAACAAACUGCAAGAAGCAGAGGGUAUGGACUUGGAAGCCGUUAAACACGACUCAGAGAACAGGAACCCUGAAGAGAGGUCUCCAACAAACACCAAGAGCCAUAGCUGCUCUCAUGGCAGUUUCUCUGGGGUUGUUCCACCUGGGCCUAGUCCUUCUCUUCUGGCUUCCCUGCAGUCCCUCAUUGAGCACAAUGAUCACAUGCUCCUCCCUCAUUCCUUACACCAGAUUGCGGAGGGCUACUUCCUUGAAAAGGACUAUCAGUUUGCAGUGGAGUUUCUCCGUCUGGAGAAACUGUAUCAUGAAAGACUGCUGUCUAAUUUGGCCUCCAUACAAGAGAAAUGGGAGUCCCAGAGGAAAAUCAGCGUCCAAACCGAAAGGGACUCUACUUUAAUUGCUAAUGGAACUGACAGAGAGAGAGAGCAUAUGGAAGUGUUGAGUCAUAUCUGCAGAACACACCAGAGACCUAACCUUGUUUUGGAAAAGAACAUGGAUGACAUAAAACAACACAACAGCCCAACCCUUGUGACAGCACGCAGAAGAUCAAAACAAGAACAAGCUUCGGUGAACUCAACCGAGAGAGAAAACCGGGCGGACGACUGCUCAUGGCCAGAAGCUGAACAGGAGCCAGAAGAGGACUGUGAACUGAAUGAGGAGGAGGAGGAAGACGAGGAGGAAGGUCUUGAGGAGGAUGAGUACUGGAAUGAGGAGCUGCAGGAUGACACAGUCAUUGACGGCCAGGGGCCUGUGGAUGAGCUGGCCAAACUUAUUCAGGUAGAAGAGAUGUUCUCCUCCGAUGGCUUAGUCUCUAUUUUAAAGAAGAGAGUCUGCAUCAACAAAAAACAGAAUGACUCGCCACCAAAAGACACAACCAAACGCAGGGUCCGUUUUAGAGAACCAGACGAUGCUUACGAUCAAGAUGAGUCGCCCAGAAACUCUUGCCUCAUCCUUCUCAUCUUGUGCGUGGUUACCGUGGUGAUUAGCAUGGGUGGGACUGCUCUUUAUUGUCUCGUUGGAGAGGCAUACUCAAACAUGUGUGCCGACUUCUCGCAAAACAUGGACUUUUACUUUGGACCUGUACGACGAGGAGUGGACGCUCUCGCACAGUGGCUCUCUUCGGAUGCAUCGUAGCAGCUAUUUUAUGCAGUGGAACUCUUUCUUCUUAUCAUUUCCAAUGAUAAACAACAGUAUUCCUCUUGCCAUAAUAUGCACUAAUGCACAUUACCAGACUGGCCUUAAUAAAUGUUGCUUUAGUGAGUUUAUACAAAUCACACAGGGCUUCCUAAUGCAUAAAUUUGUAUAAAAUAUUUAAUACUGGUACAAAAACAAGCUUAAUACUGAUGGUCGUAAUACACCACUGCCAUUCUUCAGAUUAGUAAUUACAUGCAUUGAAAUGCCUUUGGAGCCAGUAAUUAUGUUUUUUGUACAUUUUAGUGCUCCAAGACACUACAUUCCAUGCUUAUCUUUGUAUUUAUGUUUUUAUUUUGAUUUUUCAUUGGUGCUAAUCAGUGAAAAUCAUACAAUAUGAAUGCAAAUAAGCAUAAAUGAGUGUAAUAAUUUGAUUUUGAAUGACCUGAGAGUGAGCAAAUUGUCAGUAAGUUUUCAUUUUUGAUGCAUUAUUGCUUUAACUAUGAAAAAUAAUUUAUCAAAUUGGCUUUAUGAUUGACAUAUAAUGAAUAGCACAUGAACAGGCUGAAUAGUAGAAUAAUGAUAAUCGGUCGUUCUGACCUGAUUAUGACAGCAGGUACAAAAUAAAUAUGAAAUUUCUAUAAUCGUACAGUAUAAAAGAAGCAAUCAAUAAAUUUGUUUAAUUACAAAUAUGAUUUUUGUUCAGCAAUCAAAGUGAGUGUACAUUUUUGUGUUAUGAAUAAUCUGGGGGAUAUUUUAGUUUUAAAUAUUUUAAUAUGCUCAGAACCAGAACUCUGUUUCACUGUAUGUUUUUCGGUUUAUCCUUCCCAAGUAGUAUACAUUAGAUCUCUGAAUUAUGACUGGAAAUGUGUUUUUUUUUUCAUAUUUUAAAAGUGGUUUAUGCUGUAGCUCUGUGUAUAAAAAUAUUGGAUUGGUCCUCUGAAUGGCAGAAAAGAUGACGCUAUUAUAAAUGGAUUUGGCACACAUAAUAAACCCAUGUUGAAGUA